AUGGCUCUGACUUUGGGCUCGGGAGCCGGAGCGGCACCCAAAACUUCCGGCUCCUUCUUUGGCCCCCGGCUCGGAGCCGCUCAGAGCCGGAGCCGUGGCAAUCUCUGGUUAUGACGUAUUACUUGGCUUGAAGCAACUUGGUUUAUCAAGCGAAAAGAUCUUUGUAGGUACAUUGUGAUGUUUCCGUAGUUUCUGUAGUUAAAAGUGAACAGAUGAAUACUAUUGCUAAUAUUUUGCUAAGAAUUUGAAUUUUUUUAAAGAAUCGAAACACAAAUUACAACUUUUUAUUGGCCAAGACUUGAUCUGCCAGUUUGCAAUCUGAAGAGAUAUCAAGUGUAAUGUCUGAUUUAGUUCGCCAGUCAAAUUCAAUUCUAUUAAUGCGCGGAUUAACCGCCGAAAAUGACGGUCAACCUGAACAAUUAUGGUCAUAGGUUAGGUGGAGCUGUAAUUGCAAAUAACAAAAAAUGUGCUCAGAGCUCGGAACCCUGUUAUCAUCGUAUUUUAAUGUCAAAGUACGCAACAUUUUAUCAUCGCACGUUGGUACUCGAACCCCCGUUCGUGUCAAUCCAAUGUGAAGCGCACUACCCCUGUACUAUUUGUGCACUGCGUGGCCUUUCUUCCCUCUGCAUCUAAAAUCAAAAUAUUUUACAAUCACUAUAGACAAAUGCGAUUUAUGUGUAUAUUAUUUCUCAUUUUUAGUCAUUCACCCGCCUAUCCUCUGGCAGAUCUUCGAUGGCCUCAAAUGCGUAGAAUCGGCAUUUUACGAACCGAUCGAACCAUAGAACAUCCGAUCCGGCGUCUCUGUAUGCCUCAGACUCCGGAAGAUUCCCAUUGAAUCAGCUGGGAGAAGACGAUUUUGUCAGCAAUUUGGAUACAGCUUAAAAUGAUGAAGAAGGAAGGUUCAAGGAUUCGGCUCUGAGGUGAAAUUUUUUGAAAAUGUGAAAAGGCUGCGGGUUAUGUCGAUUUUUGACGAAUUUUGCGCGCAGAAUGGAUUUUUUUUAGGGAAAAUGCAUUUAAAAAAUUUGUUGGAACCUUGUAAAUUGUUUAAAUGCUGUGUUUUGCUGUAUUGAGCAAUUUUUAAUCAUUUGCGAUAGCCAAAGAAAGAUGCCAAAAUUGGCGGGAAUUCAAAAAAAAAUCGAAUUUUUAUAUGAUUUUUGUCGGUAUUUUGAGACAAAAAUUUUUUAUGUCUAAAAUAAUGUUUUCAGUAACGAAGAAGGCCCAAAUGAGAUGUUCACUUCCAAUUACGAACUCAUGACCCAAUCCCACAUUGAUUAUUUCCAAUUUGCAUACGGCGGAGCUUCCGAAUCGGACGGAACUUCGAGAAAAAGUUCGGUGAAAAGCGAGGAAAAGGAGGAAAUAAAAGCAAUGGGAACACCGUUGGAUCCAUCAAAAUUUGAAUUGAUCAAAGCUAUAAGCGAAGAGGUGAGUUUUGAGAUGUUGGUAUUUGAUUUUUUUGUAAAAUGUUUUACUUUUUAUUUAAUUUUUCGCCUUUUUCUUCUAGAAUAUCCUAGAAUUUACCUCCACAUUGAAGUCAAUUCCACUGGGAAACAAGAGUUUGGCUAGUCAGACCGUCGACGAAGCCAUGGGCCUGUUUAACGCCCGCUUUCAGCACGUUUACGAGCUGAAAAACGAGUUGGAAGCUAUAGGAAAUGAGCGAAAAAUGGUUGGAAAUCCCUUGAAAUUGGAUUUGAAUUUGUCCAAUAACAGAAAUCAGCCGCAGGGCGAAUUGCUGAUGACCUGCACCACCGAAAAAGCCGCUGGAUGUCUGUAUGAGGCCCUGAUAACGUGCCUAGAACGACUGGUCGAACAUGGCAUCACGACCAAUGUUCAAUUGGCACUCGUGUUUGAAGUCCUAACUUCAUAUCCGCAACCGGUUCUGGAGACCUUGGUGUUGUAUUCAGACGUCAUGAACACGCCAUUUUUGCCAAGAAUUGUUCGAGUCCUAUAG